ACGAAGCUGUGGACUGUGGUCUGUGGGAGGGGAUUGGACCAAUUUGUUACGUUGACCAAGGGGAGCGCGACUAUUCAUGCCCUAUGACUGUAUGUAUGUAUCGGUUCUCGACGAAACGACAACUGGUCGCUUAAAUGCGCCACUUUCCUUUUCACAAUCUAAAGUCGCCCUUUUUCAAGUGCCAAGUGUUCUCCCUCGCCGAAUUUUUAGGUGCGCCACCACUCGGAUCUUCUCUCCCUCCCGCUAAUCAGACUCUUAGGUUUUUCUUCUCUGUAAUUCCAUUGGUUGCCUUUUUGCUUGUGCACUGGACUCAGCCCCUCGUUGUCCGAGGCGGCUAAGCUCAUUUUUGCUGAUUGGUUGAACAACUCUUUCAUUUGGCCAUCUGAACUUUCGAUUUGCUGCGUUUUUUGUUCCUUCAUCUCAGGUUUAUUUCUUUAAUCGCCGGUAGCAAUCGGAGAGUUCCCCCGGGAUUGCUUCCGUUCAGGCAUUAAAAUUUCUUCAGCUUCCCAAGCGAGUGCUCUGAGAGAAAAUGGAUCAACAUGGAAAUGGACAACCACCGGGUAUGGGGGUGACCACCUCUGGUUCAGUGGCAUAUGGUGUUCCCUCGUACCAGGCUAACCAAAUGACAGUGCCUACAUCUGUCGGUCCUAUCCAAUCUCCGCAAAAUCUAGGUCUUCCUGCCUCGUCAACUCAGAUGCCACCACACCAACUUGCAUAUCAGCACAUGCAUCAACAGCAGCAACAACAGUUGCAGCAACAACUUCAAUCUUUCUGGACAAACCAAUAUCAAGAAAUUGAGCAGGUUACUGAUUUCAAGAACCAUAGCUUGCCGUUGGCUAGGAUCAAGAAAAUCAUGAAGGCCGACGAAGAUGUGAGGAUGAUAUCAGCGGAGGCACCUGUUGUUUUUGCACGUGCUUGUGAGAUGUUUAUCCUUGAAUUGACUCUGCGUGCUUGGAGUCACACUGAGGAGAACAAGAGGAGGACACUUCAGAAAAACGAUAUUGCUGCAGCCAUAACAAGGACUGACAUCUUUGAUUUCUUGGUCGACAUUGUGCCACGAGAGGAUUUGAAAGAUGAAGUGCUGGCUUCAAUCCCUAGAGGGACCCUUCCUGUUGGGGCUCCUGCAGAGCUCCCGUAUUAUUACAUGCAAGCGCAAUCUGCUCCUCAGGUUGUUGGACCUUCAGGGAUGUACAUGGGUAAGCCAGUGGAUCAAUCAACCCCUUAUGCACAGCAGCCUCAUCCCUAUAUGGCUCAAUCAAUAUGGCCUCAGCAGCAGCAGCAACCACCAUCAGAUUCAUAACCAGGUGCCAGUAACAAAUCAAAUAAAAUUUCAACAUGAACAUCUAGUAGCAAAGGAGAACAUCAUUGAGCAAGCAGGUUGCACAGUAGAAAGAUACUACGGGAUGGUAGAUGAAACACAGCCAGCUUUAAGCUCUUGUUUCUGAUGUAGCUCAAUCUGCAUGAAAUGAACUCUAUGGUUUCUAUGGUGUAUACUUUUGACUGACAUGUCAAGAAGAAUGUUAAGGCUGUCAUUAUUGUGAGACUGAAGUAAUAUCAAACCAUUAAGCUGUUUUUUGUCUUUGAGUGCU